GUUCUUUAACGUGUAAAAUUACGUGAGAGCUGACGUUACAGUUUUCUAGGGAAGCUUGUGCGCAUGCGUGAAGCACAUGACCUGGGAUUGCUCCACGACCCAAAUUGAAACUUGUUCUUCCCGUUCUGCAAGGUGCCUUCAGUCUUCAUGCAUCGCGUCUUUGUUUACGGCUCCCUGAAGAGGGGCCAAUCCAAUUACCCCUACAUGUCAGACAGCAAUAAUGGAAAGGCUGAGUUCCUCUGCAACGCCGUCACCGUCCAGAAGUAUCCACUGGUGAUCGCUACCAAUUACAACAUCCCCUUCCUCCUUAACCUCCCAGGCCAAGGCAACAGAGUCCAUGGAGAAAUCUACCAAGUGGAUGGAAAUAUGCUUGAAUUCCUGGACAGUUUUGAAAAUAUCCCCACCAUGUACCAGCGCACUGUAGUGGAGCUGGAAAUCAAGAUGGUGGACAAGGAGGAGAAUCUGUCGCCUGGAAGCAUCAUGGAGGCGUUUGUGUACAGCACCACCACUUACCAGCCGGACUGGCCAUCACUGCCCACCUACGACAACUACGACUCCAACGGAGACCACGGACUGAAAUACAAGCUGAGGGAAGACAGAAAGUGGGCUUCAGUCGAGUGAUGCUCAUAACUCUUUUCCCCUAAGAAUUACUAACACAAAAUAUGUCUUGAACACAACCAAUAUUUUUCUCAGUAAAAUGCAGAAAGCCAAGAAACCAGCUAUAAUCUGUAAAUAUUUAGAAAACAUACCUGCUAAGUGCAAAUCAGCAAAAUUGUUUAAUAUGAAAUGAUAAAUAGGCUGCAUUAGUAUUGCAGUUCAGUAUCUUUUUAAAAAUCUUUUAUUAAACCAUUUUCGACAGAUGCAAGACUCAGUGUACUGGUCUAUACAAACUGUAUCUAUAAAAAUAUCUUUACUACUAUUCCCAUGACUGGAUGGAUGGCAAAAGUCUUAAAUUAUGUUUUGGUCAAAUUUCUAAAGAGGUUCUUUCUUCGCUCCUGCAGUACUAUCUUAGCCCAGCAGGUGUCAGUACAAAGCCUUCAAUCUCAGUUGAGGUCAAAUCAAACUGCGUUAAAUCAAGUUAAAUUAACUUUAAAGCAAAUAAUAAACCAGAGAGAUUAUGUU